GAGAGGUGGUACAACAAAAGAGAGGAAAAGAAGGGUUAUUUACCAAUAAUACACAUAGAAUGAGCCACGAUGUUCCUGUCAGCUGUUGCUCACUUCUCCAAGAACCUUUCUUUCUUUCGUUGCUUUGCCACAAAAGCUUCCUCCCCCUUCAAUAUGAGUCAAAAUGUAUGCUAUAAGAAUAAUAAUAAUUUGUGUCUUGACUCAAGUGGUGGCUUUGAAAGUUUUUUUAAUAUAAAAUAAUAAGCGUCAGUCAAAGUUUCAGGCUUUUAAUUAAAAUGUCAUCCGCCGAAAACUUUGACAGAGCUGCACUCGAGCAACUUGUUACCAAGCGUUUCUUUUACGCUCCCUCUUUCCAGAUCUAUGGAGGUGUUGCUGGUCUUUAUGACUAUGGACCAACUGGAUGUGCACUCUUGAACAACAUCAUUUCAGUUUGGCGUAAUCACUUUGUCUUGGAAGAAGAAAUGCUCGAAGUCGAUACUAGCAUCAUGACGACUCACGACGUUCUCAAGACAUCUGGACACGUUGAUAAGUUUGCAGACUAUAUGUGCAAAGACUUGAAGAAUGGUGAAAUCUUUAGAGCUGACCACGUUGUCGAAGCUGUCCUUGAAGCUCGUCUUCAAGGUGAUAAGGAGGCUAGAGCUGCCAAGGCUGGUAAGACCGCAGAACAAAUCGCCGCUGAAGCCGCUGAAGAUGCUUCCAAGGUUGACAAGAAAAAGAAAAAGAAGAAGGGUGUUGUCGUCGCUGUCGAGUUGGCUGAUGAUGUUCGUAAAGCCUAUGAAGAAACCUUGGCCCAAAUCGAUAACUAUAACGGUGAAGAACUCGCAGCCAUUAUGAAAAAGUUUGAUAUCCGUUCUCCAGAAUCCGGUAAUGAGUUAUCUGAACCCAAGGAAUUCAACCUCAUGUUUGAAUCUUCCAUUGGUCCUACUGGCCAUCUUAAGGGCUACCUGCGUCCUGAAACAGCUCAAGGUCAAUUCCUCAACUUUAAGAAGCUUUUAGAAUUUAAUAAUGAUAAAAUGCCCUUUGCUUCUGCUCAAGUCGGUCGUUCUUUCCGUAACGAAAUUUCUCCUCGCUCUGGUCUCUUGCGUGUUCGUGAAUUCACCAUGGCUGAAAUUGAACACUAUGUUGACCCUGAAAAUAAGCAACACCCCAAGUUUGUCGACGUAAAGGAUGUCGUCCUCACCUUGCUUCCCAAAGAUGUUCAGCUUGGCGGAAAGACCGAGACAGUAGAUAUGACCAUUGGUGAAGCUGUCGAAAAGAAAAUUGUCGACAACGAGACACUGGGUUACUUUAUGGCUCGUAUCUACUUGUUCUUGGAAAAGAUCGGUAUUAAGCGUGAUCGUCUUCGAUUCCGUCAACAUAUGGAUAACGAAAUGGCUCACUAUGCUUGUGACUGUUGGGAUGCUGAAAUCAAGACAAGCUACGGUUGGAUUGAAUGUGUCGGCUGUGCUGACCGUUCUGCCUAUGACUUGACUGUCCACUCCAAACGUACUGGCGAAAAGUUGGUUGUACGUGAGCAACUUCCUGAACCUCGUACAGUUGAGCUCUGGCAAGUCGAGAUCAACAAAAAGACCUUUGGACCUAAAUUUAAGAAGGAUGCAAAGGCCGUCGAAGAGACAUUGAACUCACUUAGUGAAGACAAAUAUGCUCAAUUGGCCAAGGAAUUGGAAACCGCUGGCGUCGGCUCCAUCGAAGUGAACGGACAAACGUUUGAGGUGACCAAGGAUCAUAUCACUGUCAAGCGUGGCACAGUUACGGAACAUGUCCGUGAAUACACGCCCAAUGUGAUUGAACCCUCUUUCGGUAUCGGUCGUAUCCUCUAUUCUCUUCUGGAACACAGCUGGUGGGUACGCGAAGAUGACGAGGCUCGUAACGUCCUCUCAUUCCCUUCCGUUGUUGCUCCCUUCAAGUGUUGUGUACUCCCUCUCUCGGGCAAUGCUGUCUUUGAACCUUUUGUUCGCAAGUUCUCUCGUGAACUUCGUCAGGCCGGUAUCUCUACGCGUACUGAUGACUCCAAGGCUUCCAUUGGUCGUAGGUAUGCUCGUAAUGAUGAACUCGGUAUUCCAUAUGCUAUCACUAUCGACUUUGAUACCGUAAAGGAUAACACGGUCACUCUUCGUGAACGUGAUUCAACAAAGCAAAUCCGCGAUACAUUUGAGAACAUCUUGAAGAUUCUUAGAGAUGCUUAACUGUUGUAUUUGUUUAAAAUAAAAAGCUGGUAUUUUAAGAUGACUUGUUUUUGUCAAGUCAAUAGGUUUAUACACUCAAUAUAGCUUAAAAAAGAGAUUAUGCAGAAAGAACGUUUUUGUAUACAAGUCUCAGUUACAAUCAACAGUUUAACCUUACAUAAAUGCCAAAAGAGUGGGU